ACCUCACAAACUCAUGAUAUGAGGGGGAAAACAUUCGGAACGAAAUUAAAUUUGUAAAUAAAUUUAGCAACAAAACCAGAGUAAUUAUGAACAACUUCCUGCGGCAAGGAUUUCAAAAUGUUGCCCUAAACUAUUUAAAUAAUAUCACACUUCGCACUGGCAGCCUUACUCGGCGAAUGUCACUUGGAAGUAUACAUUUGCAGCAACAGAAAGAAAAAGUUUUAACUUUUGAUCAAUUUGUCAAUGGAAAACGUUCCCAGGCUGCACGCAGUAUUGUUGUUCAGGUUAGUUCGGACAAAUCCUUCCCAGAACUCUACACAUACUGUUCGGAUUUUGGUACCAUAGUCGAUGCACAACAUUACCGAAUGUACCAUGAAGAAGUCCAUUACAUCUUGAUAGAGUUCUCGAAUGAACAAGAAGCGAUGCAUGCCAUCGAUGCGUCAGCAUAUAACGAGGAUUUGUCUGGUGUUCCGGUGCGGUCACCAUUUCUCUGGUUUAAGGCAUCUUCGAGGAAGAACAAAACUCAACAGUGUGACAGACCAUUAGUUGUUGUGGAAGGCACGAAGCAAUUUCAAAAUCAGGAACUAAGUGAUCUCCUGCGCGUGGCCGAUAGCUUAGACGAUCAAAUUGAGAUCUUACAUCAAGCAACGAAGCUAAAUGACUUGGGUGUUCGUUUGAGAUUUUUGGCAGCACUACAAAUUGAGUCGUCGAUAUCUGGCAUGUUUCCAGCUGCAAAUGCUCAACCAUUCGGAUCGACAGUUAACGGGUUCGGAAAGACGGGUUGCGAUUUGGAUUUGAUCUUAAGAUUGGACUUCGAUGAGCGAGGAAAGACUAAAGAUUCACGGCUGGUUUAUCAUACCAAAGAGAACUUAACCAAUGGACGAUCACAAAUACAACGUCAGAUGGAAAGUAUUGGCGAUAUGAUGCAUCUCUUCUUGCCGGGAGUGUGUCACGUGAGGAAGAUUCUACAAGCUAGGGUGCCCAUAUUGAAAUAUCACCAUGAACACUUGAAUUUGGAGGUAGACUUGUCCAUGAAUAAUCUGUCCGGUUUCUACAUGUCCGAAUUACUAUACAUGUUUGGGGAAAUGGAUAACCGUGUAAGGCCAUUGACGUUUUGCAUUCGAAAAUGGGCGCAAUCAUGUGGACUAACAAAUCCCUCGCCAGGCCGAUGGAUAAGUAAUUUUUCCUUGACCUGCCUUGUAAUAUUUUUCCUACAACAAAUGAAAACCCCACUCCUACCACCAAUAAACCUCCUCAUUAAAUCUGCCAAGCCAGAAGAUAUACGAGUGACAGAAGACGGCAUCAAUUGUACGUUCCGACGUGACUGGAGGGACCUUCCCUUUAAGACGAAAAAUACCUCGUCAGUGAGUGAUUUGCUUCUGCAAUUCUUUGAAUUUUACUCCCAGUUCGAUUUUUCGAAUAAAGGGAUCUCGCUAAAUGAAGGCAAGGCCGUCACGAAACCAGAUCAUGCGGCAUUGUACAUAGUCAAUCCAUUGGAACAAUUACUAAAUGUAAGUAAGAAUGUCAGUCUUGAAGAGUGCGAGCGAAUACGAAUAGAAGUUCGUAAUGCUGCUUGGGCACUCGAAUCCGAAAUAGAAAACCAAUCACUGCCUGAGAAUGAUGAACUCAAAAGAGACUGGGGUAUAUUGAAUUUGUUUAAGACACCAGAACAUGCCAUAAUAAGGCCGAAUAUGUUCUUCAAACAGAGAAUGGUUGAAGUAAGGGAGUUAUUCAAUGAUUCCGAAGCACGAACUGCGCCGAUGCCAAGUGAAGAAUUCAAAAAUAGAUCCGUAAAACAACAAGUACAAAGUGUGAAGGUUCAGGCGAAAGGUGAUAUAAAACAAAUGCGGAUGAAUUUAGAUGGUGACAAUUCGAAGAGAAGAAGAAGGUGAAAAUAGUGACAAGUUUUGUUGUUAAGGAGAUCGUUUGAAAUAAAUAUUUAUUUCGAAGAAAACAAAA